CGCCCACCCCCGUAAAACGUCCUAAUCCGACGUUGAACCUAACGAGUCCUCCUCGGCAUGUAAACAUGGUAACAGACAGAGACAGAUGAGAGAGACGCCACAAUGGUCUUCGAAAGCGUGGUUGUAGAUGUCCUCAACCGAUUUUUAGGGGACUACGUGGUCAACCUUGACAGCUCGCAGCUAAAGCUUGGCAUAUGGGGAGGUGAUGCUGUGCUGAAAAAUCUUGAAAUAAAGGAAAAUGCCUUGAGCCAGCUUGAUAUUCCGUUUAAAGUGAGAGCUGGCCAUAUAGGACGUCUGCAGCUGAAGAUUCCAUGGAAGAACCUCUACACACAAUCAGUGGAGGCCACACUGGAUGGUGUCUACCUGCUUAUAGUUCCAACAGCAAGUAUAAAAUAUGAUGCGGAAAAGGAGGAGAAGCAGCUGCAGGAGGCUCGUCAGAGGGAACUACAGCGGAUAGAAGAGACAAAGUUGAAGGCUGCUGAGCAAGAGAAUCCCAAGCUCGAGAAACAGGACACUUUUGUGGAAAAGCUUGUCACUCAGGUCAUCAAAAACCUGCAAGUCAAGAUCUCAAAUAUUCACGUGCGCUACGAAGAUGAUGUCACUAAUCCAAACUGCCCUUUGUCAUUUGGAGUGUCACUCAAAAACCUCAGCCUUCAGACAGCUGAUGCAAAGUGGAAACCCAGCCUUUUAGAUGAGAAUUCCAAGCUUUUCUUCAAGUUGGUACAACUAGACAACUUGUUUGCCUACUGGAAUGUUGACACAGUACUUUUCUCCAGUCACACUCCAGAUGAGGCCUUGCAACUUCUCCAGAAAAGCGUGGAUGUCCACUCCUCUGUUCCUGGCAAGCAUGACUUCAUUUUUCGCCCUAUCUCAGCUGAUGCUAAAUUGCGGAUGAAUCCCAGGUCAGAUGUUGAUUUCUCCUCUCCUAAAGUGGACCUGACAGUCAAUCUCAGUGAGGUGGCGAUUGAACUCAACAAACCCCAGUACAUUAGCAUCUUGGAGCUGCUGUGCUCAGUGGAUAUGAUGUCACGUAAUCUGCCCUACAGGAAGUACAGACCCGAGGUCCAGGUUCACAAGAACGCCACAACAUGGUGGAAGUAUGUGAUCACCGGCAUCUUGGAGGUAGAUGUGAAGCCACGGCUCCACAUGUGGUCAUGGAAACACAUUCGCCAGCACCGACAGAUGGUAAAAAACUACAGAGAGCUCUACAAGAUAAAGAUCACCAGCAAGAAACCCAGCGAGAAGCUUCUCAAGCAAUUAGAGGAGCCUGAGAAGACCUUGGAUAUUUUCAGCAUCACUUUGGCCAGACAGCAGGCUGAAGUGGAGGCAAGCAAAGCAGGCCUGCGUAUUUUCCGCCCUGGGAUAAAGAUGGAGGAAGAGGAGUCUCAGGGUUGGAUAAGCUGGAUGUGGAACUGGGGAGGACAGCCUGACACAGAAAGAAAAGAUGCUAAGACUGGAGGUUUUGAUGAGCUGUUAACCCCUGCUGAGAAAGCCAAACUCUACACUGCCAUUGGAUACAGUGAGACUGCUGCUAAUCCCAACCUGCCAAAGAAUUUUGAGGACAUGAAGGUCAACUUCCACAUGGACAAGCUGUCUGUGUCAAUUAAAGACAACAAGGACAAAAAUGAAAUCAUCAGGCUGACUGUGGGAGAGCUGUACUCCACACUCACACAGAGACCUGGAGCACAAGCCAUCAAAAUCACAGCCAAGCUUACUUUGUUUGAGGUCACUGGCCUUGCCAAUAAUCGACCUCCACCAAUUCUCCUUUCAUCGAGGAAGGCAGCCAUAGGAGCAGGGAUCCCACUGCUUUGUAUUCUGUUUGAGACCAACCCCCUUGAUGAGAGUGCUAACCAGCGGUUCCACGUGGAAUCACAACCCUUGGAAAUCAUCUAUGAUGCUAUAACAGUGAAUAGCAUAUCGGCGUUCUUCAGGCCACCUGAUGACCUGCAGCUGGAUGAGCUCACAAAUGCAACCCUGAUGAAACUGGAGCAGUUUAGAGACCGCACAGCCACUGGUUUACUGUAUGUGAUUGAAACACAGAAGGUUCUCGACCUGAAGGUGAACUUGAUGGCCUCCUACGUCAUCAUUCCACAGACUGGCUUUUACAACGGGACUCAAAACAUCCUGCUGUUGGAUCUCGGUCAUUUCAAGAUGUCCAGUCAAAGCAAGAAGAAUCUACCUCAGCUGUGUGUGAAUUCCAGCAAAAUUGAGGACAUCAUGUCCAGAGCAUAUGAUAGCUUUGAUGUACAGCUUGAAAACCUACAGUUUCUUUAUAGCAAACCAGCUGGCGACUGGAAAAAGGCCCGUAAACAGAAACGGUCCCCGCUCCACAUCCUAGAGCCAGUGGAUCUAAAGGUGGUUUUCAGCCGGGCAAUGAUCAACAAAGACUCCCGCAUGCCAAAAUAUAAGAUGUCUGGAGAGCUUCCUCUGCUGUCUCUUCGUAUAUCUGAUGUAAAACUUCGAAGUGUUCUGGAGCUGGUGGACAGUAUCCCGCUGCCUGAGAGCAAACCCGCUGCACGCAGCAAUGCUCAAUCAUCAACUUCAAAGUCUAGGCAGUCAUUCACCCCUCAGCUCACUCCCAGAAAACCGCUGAACUUUGAUCAGCGCUCUUCUCUCAUUUUUGAGUCAUGUGAGACCAUCAGCAUCACCUCAUUGGGGUCAGAGGAAGAUCUGUUCUAUGAUGCUCCCAGCUCUCCCAUUGGAGAUAAGCCAUUUUUUACAGACACUCCCAUGCCCCUGCGCUAUAUUGAUUCAAGCAAAAGAAAAAGUCUCAUCAAGGAAGACACUCAGAAGAACAUGACUGAAUUCUUUAUGACAUUUGAGAUCAGUGAGUUUUCUGUUCAGUUGUGUCGUCUGUCAGGAAGUGAAGAGGUCACGGUGCUCCACUUGGACAUAGAGGGUCUGGGCACUGAGCUGAAACUGCGCACCUUUGACAUGACCUCUAAUACCUACUUGCGAGAGAUCUGCCUCAAGUGUCCUGAAUACAUGGAUUCUGAAGAAAAACAAGUACAGCUGAUCACCACACUAGACAACAGAGAGGUUGAUCUGCUCACACUGGAGUAUAUCAAAGCUGACAAGAAUGGGCCCGACUUCAGGUCUCAAUAUAACAACACUGAGCAGUUCAUCAAGGUGACCUUUUCAUCCCUGGAUGUUCACCUCCAUACGGAGGCUCUCCUCAACACUAUGAACUUCCUCAGUAAACUCCUUCCUCAGUCGAAUAAGAAGGAAGGACAGCAGGAGGAGCUUCCCACCAUCCCUGAGGAGGAUGAGGCUGAGGCAGAGAGGGAGGAAGAAAAGAAGGAGGGAACUGCUGUAACCAGGAAAAAAUCUUCAAAAAGGUCCAAGUUUGCUGAUGUGGUUAAUCUGCAUAUCAAAACUGAUCUCCACUGCCUCAAAGUUUUCAUUCGAGGACAGAAAGCCAGGAUCUCAGAGAUCAGUAUUGAGGGUCUGGUUUCUGAGGUCCUGAUGAGGAAGAAGGAGAUGGAGGUUUUGGCCAAACUGAAGAACAUUGUGAUCCUAGACUGUAACAAAGAAGCUUUAUACAAGAAGGCUGUGUCCAUAGCAGAUAAGGAAGUGUUUGACUUCCGUAUGGUAAACUAUACAGAUGCAACUGAAGGAGAUGCCUACCUGGACAUGUCUAACGUUGACACUGCUGUUACACUGAAAGUGGGCUGCAUUCAGGUCAUCUUCCUCAACAAGUUUCUGUCCUCUAUACUGGAGUUCAUCAAUAACUUCCAGGAGGCUAAAGAGGCACUAGCUGAAGUAACAGUUCAGGCUGCAGAAAAGGCAGCAUCAGGUGUGAAAGAACUGGCUGAACGGAGCACUCGGAUCGCUCUUGAUGUCCACUUCAAUGCACCCAUCAUCUUCCUCCCUCAGUCCUCCUCUUCCUCAAAUGUCAUUGUAGCUGACCUUGGUCUGCUGUCUGUCAAGAACCAUUUUGCCAAGCAGCCCUGUAAAACAGAUGCUAAAAUCCCACCUGUUGUGGAUAUAAUGACUGUGAAACUGACUAACCUUAAGAUGUACAGAGCCACUUAUGCAGAUGAAAGUUUUCAAAGAGAGAUCCAGCUGCUGAAGCCAGUCAGCUUAGACUUGGAAAUCCAGAGAAAUCUUUCUUCCAGCUGGUACCACAAAAUACCUGACAUAGAGAUUGGGGCACAUCUAAAGCCCAUGAGUCUGAUCCUGUGCCAGGAAGAUAUGAUCAUUGUCCUGAGGACUCUGAGCGAGAACCUGUCAGAGAAGUCUGAUGCUGGUCCACCUCCAGCUGCUCUGCCAGCCACUGACCGUAUCUCUGACUCUGUAUCCAACAAAGAGUCAGAGGAGUCGGGGACCACUGGACCUCCAAGCAGUAACACAGUAGUGACAGCUGCUGUUGUGGAGGCUCAGAAAGACAACAAGCUGAAAAAGAACACGCUGAAAUUAAACUUCAAGUUUGACUCAUUGACGGUGGUCCUGUACAGCCCCAAUGACCGUGAGAUUAUGCUGUUAGACCCACAUGAUGACGAGCUGAAGCUAGCACAGUUGGCUCUGGGCACCAUCUCCACCUCUGUCCACAUGUUCUCCGACAGCUCCAUGAAGGCCUCAGUACAACUCGCUGAAUGCCUUCUAGAUGACAAGCGGCCAAGAGUCAAGACUGUCACACCAAGGAUGAUGGCCAUGUGUCCUGGUGCAGAACAGAACAACAUGGUAGAAGUGAACUAUCGUCAAGGCCCUGAUGGCACCACUUUAGACACAGUAGUGCAAGAUGUGUAUCUAUGUGCCAGCAUGGAGUUCCUGCUCACGGUGGCUGAUAUCUUCCUUAAAGCCACCCAGCAGGGUUUUGCUCAAGUGCCGCAACCCAGGAACAGUACUGGUGCUGGAGAUAAAAAGAACAUUAACUCAUCGGUCACAUCUAAAGAGUCCACAACAGCUCCAGCCACGGUGUCAAAGACGGAGAUGAAUGUCUUGGUGCGGAACCCAGAGAUUGUGUUUGUGGCUGAUCUGACACGUGAUGACGCCCCGGCGCUGGUGAUGACCACAUAUUGUGAACUAGUGAUGAAAAGUGAUGCUGAGAGAUCGCAGAUGACUGCUGUUAUCAAGGACCUCAAGGUAGUUGCCUGUCCCUUCUUAAGAGAAAAGAGGAGAAACAAUGUGACCACAGUGCUUCAGCCAUGUCAGGUGUUCUUCAAGAGUACUCAGUCUCCCACCUCCCCUCAGUCUAUGGAGGUCACCAUCAACGUUCUCUCACUCAAGGUAUCUCCAGUCAUAAUCAACACAGUGAUUACCAUCCAGUCAGCACUCGCACCAACAGCAGAAACCCCUGAGGAGCUGGAAAGCCCUGGUCCCGUGGACUUGUGGAAUAAGCGGAGCUGGAAGGAGCUCAAACUCUGGUUCCUAGAAGAGGAGGGGCAUGAAGACACAAAAUCAGUGACACGCUUGAUACCACAAGGAGAGUCGCUGCAGGUGAACAUCAAAUCAAUCUGUGUGACUCUGGAGGCUGGAGUGGGACACCGCACAAUCCCCAUGCUUCUGGCAAAGUCCUCCUUCCAAGGAGAUGUGAAAAACUGGUCGACGCUCAUUAACUUACACAGCGAGCUUAACCUGGAGGUUCACUAUUACAAUGAAGUGAUGGGUGUGUGGGAGCCACUGCUAGAGCCCUUAGAAGAUGAGGAAAAAGAUGGUUUCAGACCAUGGAUGCUGGAACUGAAGAUGAAGAAGAAACCAGUGAAGUACACAGACUUGUCAGAUGAAGUGGAUUCCAAUAUCCCAGAUUAUAAGACAGUCAUUGCCAUCUGCAGUAAAGACCAGCUCAACAUCACACUUUCCAAAUGCGGACUGGCCAUGCUGAGUAACCUGGGCACUGCAUUUGCAGAGGCUGCCAAACAGACAGCAGAGCGUUUUCAAAAGGAUGAAGCUCCAUUUGUAGUUAAAAACCGUCUCGGCCUACCAGUUUCCAUUCGCCACAGUGAGAUGUUUUGUCCCAUUGGACAGCAAAGCAUUGCUAACACUGUAAAGCUGCAGAAUGGUGGAACCCUUGGUAUGGACUAUUCAACCAGAACAGACUCUGAUCAGUUCUCUGCAAUGACCUCUUUGAGUGGAAAGGACUACUACAUACAGCCUACUCCGGAGGGUCACACCUCAGCCAGUGUGAUCCCUUUGAUCAAAGUGGGCCGAGGAAUGUACAGUGUAAUGCACAAAGACUCUGGAGUCACUCGUUUCCUGGUGUGUCAGAUUUCCUCUGUAGACGGCAGCAAGUACAUCAAGAUCCGCUCUCCUUUCCAGAUCAUCAAUCAUUUUUCAAUACCAUUCAAAGUUUUUGAAGGCUCAAACCUUCUGGGUACUGCUCUCCCUACUGAGGAGUUCUGUGUGCCUCUGGACUCCUAUAGGUCCGAGCUAAGCCUUCAGCCAGUAUUAGAGGACACAGAUGACAGUCAGGGUGAGCAGUAUGAGUGCUCAGAGGGCUUCAGUUACGAGGAUGUUAGCAACCUGCAACCUGAGAAACGCCUCCAGCAGACCUGCCGUCAACGUGGAGGCCACGGUGGUGUGAUGACCAUCAACACUGUGCCAUUGAAGGAUGCAGUGACAUGCAAAGAGACAGGAGAUGUUGGGGAGAACUUUGAUGUGCCCUUCAUGCUUCACCUGUGGCCUUCCAUCUUGAUACGCAACCUUCUGCCUUAUGCCAUCACCUACAAACUAAAGAAAAAUGGAGUCUCUGCACCUGAGGCUACUCUGGGCCCAGGUCACUCUGCACAGCUUCACACUGCAGUCAUCAACCAGUCAAGUCUCGAUCUUCGCUUGAUUGACUACUUGACUCAGGAUUGGUCUUCUGAAUACAGGUUCCACAGUGAUCAGGAAGAGAUCACCUUCAUUGUGUUCCAGUCUCUAAGAGGAGAUGAGGAUGAAGAUGGACAUGGAUUGGAGAGGAAGAGGCCUGAGUUGGAUAUAGCGGUGCAUGUUAAAUAUGAUCUAGGGCAGAUGGUGGUUGCUUUUCACUCACCGUACUGGAUGUUGAAUAAGACAGGCAGGUUGCUGCAGUACAAGGCUGAUGAUAUCCACCGUAAACACCCCCUCGACUAUGAGAUGCCUUUGCUCUUUUCAUUUAAGCCUCGGCACUUCCUGCGAAACAAUAAGGUUCGUCUUAUGAUCUCAGAGAGUGAUCUAUCAGAUGAUUUUUCUCUGGACACAGUCGGUAGCCACGGAGAUGUGAAAUGUAAAGGCAGAUACAACGAUUAUCUGGUUGGUGUGAAGAUUGAUGCGAGCAGUUUCAGUCUGACCCGUAUCGUGACCUUUGUGCCCUUUUACAUGCUGGUCAACAGAACUAAGCACAGUGUGUUCGUAUGUGAAGUGGGGAAAGAAACUUGGACUGAGGCAAAACCAGAACAGUCGGCCAUUCCUUUCUGGCCUGAGAAUGACACUAAGAAGCUUAAAAUCAAAGUACACGGGUGCUUAUCGCCUCCACUGACUGUUGACUUCACACGACCAGAGAACUGCUUAUUGCUACAUCUGGACAACACUUUGGGUGGGAUUAUUGUAGAUGUGAAUCUGUCAGAGCACUCGGCCACAAUCCGGUUCUCUGAGUAUCAUGACGGUGCAGCCCCCUUCCUCAUCAUCAACCACACUAAAGACCAGACUCUUCAGUUCCAGCAGAGUGUCUGGACAGAAUCCUCGUGGUUGGCUGAUGAGCUACUUGACCUCUCCUUCUCAUUGGAAGGGGACAGCUCUCAGAAGGAGAUGGAGCACAAGGAGCUGGAGGCCGGGAAGGCUGUACACUACACCUGGACUGAGCCCACUGGGUCCCGAGAGCUUUGCUGGAAAUGUGGCACUUACAGUGGGAAGCUAAAGAGUGAAGAGGACCUGCGAGAGGACAUAAACAAAGAGGGCAAACUUUUUGUGAUUUCCUUUUAUGAAGGUCUCCAGCGUGUUGUGGUAUUCACUGAGGAGCGACGGAUCUUCAAGAUGCUCUGUGACAAUGAGAAGGUGCAGCAUGCUCAACAGGAAAUCAUCCUGUCACUACAAAAUAUGGGCGUCUCGUUGGUCAACAACAGCACCAGCCAAGAGGUUUCCUUCAUCGGGAUCACAAGCUCUGAUGUGGUGUGGGAAUUCAAACCUAAGAAGAAGAGUCGGUGGAAGACUCUGACCACUAAAGAUGCUGAGUUGUUGGAGAACAGGUUCAAAGAAUACAUUGAAUCUGGGCCCAUAGACAAUGCAAUCAUGGAACUGGAAAACAACUUCCAGGUAUGCUUCACUCCUACUGGCCAGGAUAUGCGUAUGAUGCAGCCAUGUGAUGCUCCUCUCAGAAGGCACUUCCUACCGGGUGUGAAGGUGGAGUACAGCAUUUCGCCACGACAGAGUGCCUAUCGUAUCCAAGUCCACCGGAUACAGAUCCAGAAUCAGCUACCAGGGGCCAUCUUCCCUUAUGUUUUUUACCCUGUGAAACUGCCAAAGUCUAUCACCAUGGAUUCAGAACCCAAACCUCUAACUGAUAUCAGCAUUGUUACCAGAGCAGCAGGGCACUCUGAUAUCUCUCGCAUCAAGUACUUUAAGGUGUUAAUUCAGGAGAUGGAUCUGAAGCUUGAUCUGGGCUUCCUGUAUGCCAUCCUGGACCUUUUCUCCCCAGAGAACGCCAGCAUCACGAGUGCAGAACAGGAGGUGGAACUAUUUGAGAAGGACAUAAAGUAUAUAAAGACAGAAUUAAACCAUGUCUCUUCUGCUGACACAUCUCCCAUCAGCCUCUAUGAGUACUUCCACAUUUCCCCCAUUAAGCUGCACCUGAGUUUCUCUCUGAGCACAGGAGGAGAGGAUGGCUUGAAGGAGAAAAGAGAUACAGAACUCAUCCCUGUCCAAUCCCUCAAUCUGUUGCUGAAGAGCAUCGGCGCAACUCUCACUGAUGUGCAGGAUGUUGUCUUCAAGCUGGCCUUCUUUGAAUUGACCUUCCAGUUUUAUACCACUCAGCAGCUACAGUGGGAGGUCAUCAGACAUUAUUCUAAGCAGGCUAUCAAGCAGAUGUAUGUGCUCGUGCUGGGCUUGGAUGUGCUUGGAAACCCAUUUGGGCUGAUCAGAGGAUUGUCAGAAGGGGUGGAGGCUUUCUUCUAUGAGCCUUAUCAGGGAGCCAUCCAGGGCCCUGAGGAGUUUGUAGAAGGAAUGGCUAUUGGGGUGAAAGCUCUGGUGGGGGGAGCUGUAGGGGGUAUAGCAGGUGCGGCCUCCAGGAUAACAGGUGCCAUGGCAAAGGGUGUCGCUGCAAUAACGAUGGAUGAGGAGUACCAGCAGAAGAGACGAGAAACUAUGAACAAACAGCCCAGUGGUCUGAGAGACGGGCUGACCAGGGGUGGAAAAGGACUAGUGUCUGGAUUUGUCAGUGGGAUCACAGGGAUCGUUACCAAACCUAUUAAAGGAGCCCAGAAAGAGGGGGCAGCAGGCUUCUUUAAAGGUGUUGGCAAAGGUUUGGUUGGUGCAGUAGCCAGACCGACAGGAGGUAUUAUUGACAUGGCCAGCAGUACUUUCCAAGGGAUCAAGAGGGCAGCAGAGACGUCACAAGAUAUUCAGUCUCUUCGUCCUCCACGCUUCAUCCACGAGGAUGGUGUCAUACGACCAUAUAAGGAGCUGGAAGGCCUCGGCAGUCAGAUGCUCCAGAAUAUUGAGAAUGGACGUUUUGCCAAGUACAGGUACUUUGCUCAUGCUAAAGUCAAUGACUCAGACUUCCUCAUGAUCACCAAGAGGGGAAUAUUUUUUGUGACCAAAGGCACUUUCGGUCAGCUGACCUGUGAGUGGCAGUAUCUGUUUGAUGAGUUCACCAAGGAUCCGAUGAUUGUAGAGGGCCGCCGACUUCGCAUUGAAGCCAAGGAGAGAGUGAAGUCCGUCUUUCAUGCCAAAGAGUUUGGGAAGAUAAUAAACUUCAAAACUCCUGAGAUAGCCAAAUGGGUUCUUGCCAAAUUGGAGGAUGCAAGAGAGAGUUUACCCAAGUACUGACUCGCAGAGAAGAGCGAGAAUUGCUAAACACGCACACACACGAGGUCUGCGUGUGUGUGCGUCAGUGCCUUUGUUCUUUACUGCAUGCUACUUUUUGUUUCCCUCCAUGUGUGACUAGUGAAUAAACAAUGCUCUGUGUCGACAGCCGGGGUGAAUGACUGAGUCAGCAGUUAUAGGUGCAUGUAAACAGAAGUGCUAUAAACAUAUCGCUGAGUUCCAUCGUUUACUGCAGAGGAUCACUGACCUGUGCUUUGCAUUCGUGAUGUUACACCUGAUGAUUUUUCUUUAUUAAAUUAUUUACAUUAAGUCUUGAGUUUACAAACACAUCCUCUUAUACCUGCUUGAAUGACGGUGCAGUCAGAGGAUUGAUUGAUCGAUUGAUCGAACACACUGUAAAGCUGCUGUAGGCAGAAAGGGAAGGAAAAGAAAACAAACUGCAGCUCUCCCCUCUCCAUUUAAAAUCCCGCCCACCAGAUGAGCACAGGAUUUUUACACACUGAAUACGCUUAGAAAAAUAAAAGGACCACUGCUGGCCUUUAGCUUCACGUGGAUUCCCCUUCCUAACCCUCCACAUCUUUCCUCCUACCGAAGCACUUUGCUCUUCGUUGUACCUGUGACUGGCCAAAGCAGAGCCCAGAGGAGGUGCAGGAAUCUCAAAGAUUAUGGUUGAUUUUUUUUUUUUUUUUUUUUCUUUCAUAAUAUUUAAUUUUCAUUCACUUGAUGGAAAUGUGUUUUGGGGUGUAGAAAUGUCAGUCUAACAGCUCCUGAUAGAAAACUCACUUGAGUAUCACUGAGCCCAAAUUAACCAUCGUUGUAGCACAUUUAACGUUGCACAAUGUUUCUAUUACUGGAUUAUAUAAAAGGGAAGCGAAUAUGAAUUAGUAUGGCUUUAUAAUAUAUAUAUAUAUAUAUAUUAUUAAAACGUGCAUCCUUAAACUCUUCUUUUCCUAUUUUCUUUUAUACAUUUCUGCAGGAUAAAGACUGUUGAGUGUGUGAUUUAGAGAUGCAUGCUAUUUUUAUACUUUACUUGCAUCUAUCAAUCUGCUGUAUAUGAUCCAAUAUGAUGUCUUAUCUGUAUAUAUCCAUCCUCACAUCAGUCUUUAUGAUGAAGUUGCAGUAUGUAAUUUUGUGAUUUUUAUGUUUUUAUACCACACAUAUGCAAUGCCAAAACAUGCUGAUGAAUUAUGCAGAGAAAAGUAUAUAUUGAAAAUAAAGGAAUGCUAAUUACUAUGAGCUGCUGUUUACUCCGAUGUAUAUUUUAAAGGUUUACUUUUGGUCUUGGGUGCAUCACAGCUUAAUAUAACUAAAUAUUUCUGCUGCCAUUAAGGUUUUUUUUUUUUUUUUUUUG